AUGAUGAUGUUCUUCUUCAUCCUGAUCUCAGCUCCAGCUGCUGUGAGGUUCUUAUUUUUAAAUGAAGCUGGACGUUCAGAUGAUGGAGAGAAGGUUCCUUCAUUUGUCUCUGGAUCAGAAAGUACGAGAAAUAAACUCAACGAAGAAACAAACGAUCCUGGGUCUGUUUAUUCACCGAAAACUACGACGACCACGGAAACGUGGUUAUAAAAGUAAGGAUAACCAGACAGGUCCAAAGUUCUUAGAGGAGAACCAGACAGGUCCAAAGUUCUUAGAGGAGAACCAGACAGGUCCGAGGUUCUUAGAGGAGAACCAGACAGGUCCAAAGUUCUUAGAGGAGAACCAGACAGGUCCGAGGUUCUGAUAGAGGAGAACCAGACAGGUCCAAAGUUCUUAGAGGAGAACCAGACAGGUCCGAGGUUCUUAGAGGAGAACCAGACAGGUCCAAAGUUCUUAGAGGAGAACCAGACAGGUCAGAGGUUCUUAGAGGAGAACCAGACAGGUCCAAAGUUCUUAGAGGAGAACCAGACAGGUCAGAGGUUCUUAGAGGAGAACCAGACAGGUCAGAGGUUCUUAGAGGAGAACCAGACAGGUCCAAAGUUCUUAGAGGAGAACCAGACAGGUCAGAGGUUCUUAGAGGAGAACCAGACAGGUCAGAGGUUCUUAGAAGAGAACCAGACAGGUCCAAAGUUCUUAGAGGAGAACCAGACAGGUCAGAGGUUCUUAGAGGAGAACCAGACAGGUCCAAAGUUCUUAGAGGAGAACCAGACAGGUCAGAGGUUCUUAGAGGAGAACCAGACAGGUCCAAAGUUCUUAGAGGAGAACCAGACAGGUCCAAAGUUCUUAGAGGAGAACCAGGUCAGAGGUUCUUAGAGGAGAACCAGACAGGUCCAAAGUUCUUAGAGGAGAACCAGACAGGUCCAAAGUUCUUAGAGGAGAACCAGGUCAGAGGUUCUUAGAGGAGAACCAGACAGGUCCAAAGUUCUUAGAGGAGAACCAGACAGGUCAGAGGUUCUUAGAGGAGAACCAGACAGGUCCGAGGUUCUGAUGGAGGUUCUGUAGGUUCUUCUGCUCUUUGAGCUCUGAGUUCAAAAAUCUUCAUUUAAGACUUUUAAUUAUUUCAUAAAAUCAAAUAAUCUGUGUGUGUGUGUGUGUGUGUGUGUGUGUGUCUGUGUGUGUGUGUCUGUGUGUGCGUGCAGUAGUUCAGUCGUACCUUUAGGUCAGGUGACGUGUGUGAUCUCAGCAGCUUCCUGUCUCGACCUGCCUCUGACAACAACAGCCAGCAUCAAAGAAACACACACACACUUACACAUGCACACACACACAAACACACACAGAUCAGUUACUGUGUGUGUGUGUGUGUGUGUGUGUGUGUGUGUGUGUGUGUGUGUGUGUGUGUGUGUGUGUGUGUGUGUGCGCAGACAGGUCAUUAGUGCUGCUAAAGCUGUGUGUUUACAGACACUGUCAUUACCUGCUGCUCCUGUGUGUGUGUGUGUGUGUGUGUGUGUGUGUGUGUGUGUGUGUAUUAGUGUGUGUGUGUGUAUUUAGCAGACUGAAUAAAGCUUCUAUGAGUGAUUUUACAGGUUCAAACAGACUCAGCUUCUCUCCUCUCCCUCUCUCUCUCUCUCUCUCUCUCUCUCUCUCUCCCCCUCUCUCUCUCUCUCUCUCUCUCUCUCUCUCUCUCUCUCUCUCUCUGGUCGGUCUCCCUCCGUCCUCAGGUGUUAUCUUGGUGUCAUCACUCACCUGUGCGCUGACAGAGGAAGUGUGUGUGUGUGUGUGUGUGUCCUCCUCAGAAACACUUACAGAGAUGAUAUCGCUCCUCGGCUCCUCUGAGGGUUUUAUCGCUGAUCGACAGGAAACUGUUUCAGACUGAAGGUGAAGGACUCACCUGAGAGGACAGAGGAGUGAAGGAAGGGAGGACAGAGGAGGGAAGGAAGAGGGGACAGAGGAGGGAAGGAAGGGAGGACAGAGGAGGGAAGGAAGAGAGGACAGAGGAGGGAAGGAAGAAAGGACAGAGGAGGGAAGGAGGGGAGGACAGAGGAGGGAAGGAGGAGAUGAACUGAGCCUGAGUUCAUUUUUUAAUCCCUCCUCGUUUCUCUUCAGUCUCUUAAUUAAUCUGCUUUAAUCUGAACCACACCCUGAACUCUCUCACCUGUUAACCCUUUCCUGACAGAUUACCGUAUUUACUCUGAUAGAAGACCACCCUCAUUUUACAAACAGACUUUUAUUUAUUAUCAUAUUUAUUGUUUUAUAUUUCCGGUCCUGAGACGGUAAAGUGACGGUUCUCUGUCCGGGUUCGGAGCUCCUGCAGCCUCAGGUGUUCAAUCAGGGUCCAGGUGACGUUAAUUAAGCCUUAAAGGGUUCAGGGUCCAGACUCAGAACCAGUCCGAGGUUCUACCUGAACUGUGUCAGUCUCACAGACUGAGUGGAUUUUACAGUCCGGACCUGAAAAGACCAAAACCUGAUUCUUCUGUUUCCUGCUGGAUCAGAUCCAGGUUCAGGUUUAGACCUGGGUUCUUCAGGAUUAACUGAAUCCACAGACUCCACAUCAGACCAGAUCCAGUUUUUCAUGUCUGAGUAACCAGAACCUGCAGACCCACAACGACCCAGGACAGAAAGAACCGGGUUUACAGAGACCUGAAGGUAAGGGAGACCUCAGGGUCCCAGCAAGGAGGAGGGCGGGGCAAACAGGUAAGUGGGCGGAGCUUGGGUUUACCUGGGGAAUUCCUCCUGACUGAUGAUCAGUCAGAGAGAGAGAUCAGUCACUUCUUCAUCCCCCUCUCUCUCUCUCUCUCUCUCUCUCUCUCUCUCUCUCUCUCUCUCUCUCUCUCUCUCUCUCUCUUUCUUCUUCUUCUCGCUCUGAUCUGAAGUUUUCUCUCCGGCUCAUCUGUAAGGGUCUGAUCUUCAGAACCAGAUCCAGCUGAUUGUCCCGGACCACGCUGUGAUCAGAGGUUUUCAUGCAGAGAAAAAACUGUGAAACAGACUGAAGCCCCCCCCCGCCCCCCCCUCUCUCUCUCUCUCUCUCUCUCUCUCUCUCUCUCUCUCUCUCUCCUCUCUCUCUCUCUCUCUCUCUCUCUCUCUCUCUCUCUCUCUCUCUCUCUCCUUCAGCUCCUCCCUGUCUUUUAUAUGUAAAUGAGGGGCGAGCGAGCCUGCCUCACCUGCAGGUAAACCCUCUCUCUCUCCUCAGUUCUGCUCUGACAGUCUGAGGAGGAUUCUGGAUCUGCACAGAGUCUCAGUCAAAGGAGGACCUCAGAGUCCAGGACCAGAACUUGAAGACCCAAAGUUCUGAGGAGAUCAGAGAUCUGGAUCCUCUGAAGAUCUGGAGAAAGACAAGAAGGGGACCAACAAAAACCACAUCAGGAUCUCUGGACUCAAACAGAAGACCAGUCCAGAACCCGUCCUGGUGGUUCUGA